AUGGAUUUUUUUUAUGAAAAAACACGUGGAACAGUGGUCAAACGUGAUAAAGGAGAGUUUGACAACAGGAUCACACAUUUCAAACACUAUCUGGAGACCAGAGGGGCGUCACUGAGCCAGACCACCGAAUUCCUGCCGUUCUACGCUCUGCCGUUUGUGCCCAAUCCCACGGUACACCCGUCCUUCCAGGAGCUUUUCCAGGAUUCCUGGAUGCCAGAGUUGAGAGAAAGCCUGGAGAAGUUUCUCUCAGUGACUCUGAAAGCUUCAAACACGCCGAGGCUUCUGACUUUAUAUAACGAAGGUGGAAAGGGCAACAAAGAAGCGAUUCAGCAAAUGCAGCUCCAUCUGACCGAGGCAGAAAGGAAGUCGGCCAUCCACAUGAGGAGAUUCGCUAAGCUGCAGGCCGACCAUCACAGCCUCAUCGGCAUCACAGCCGAGCUGGUGGAUUCGCUGGAGGCCACAGUCCGCGGAAAGAUGAUCUCCCCAGAGUACCUGCAGGGUGUGUGCAUGAGGCUCUUCAGCGGUCACAUGAGACAGAGUGCAGCUCAGAGCGUGGACUUCACCAGACCUGGCACUGGAUAUUACUCUAUGAGUCCUUAUGAUGAUGGAUAUGCUUCCUCAAUGCUGCGGGCAUCAGUCGCACCUCAGAGGCCCAAAGACGUGCCGCUGUUGCCUUCCCUUGACUACGAGAAGCUGAAGAAAGACCUAGUGAAUGGAUCAGAUCGACUGAAGGCUUUGCUGCUUCAGGCUUUGCGCUGGAGGUUAACCAGAUCUCUACAUGGUGAGCAAAGGGACACGGUUUUGCAAGCCUUCAUCAGCAAUGAUCUUCUGGAGCGCUACAGUUCCAAACAGAAAACUGUUCUUCAUCUGAUGAAAUCCAAAAAUGAGAUUGUCAGACAGUAUAUGGCACGGCUCAUCAAUGCCUUUGCCUCUUUGUGUGACGGACGCAUGUACCUGUCUCAGAUACCCUCUUUACUGAGGUUUCUGCUCGACUGCCUGAAGACUGAAGAGAAAGAGUCUGUAACUCGAGAAAAUGUGCUUGCAGCACUGCAGAAACUCAGCCUCAGGCGAGCACAGCAGUCUGCUAUGAUCAGAGAUGGUCUGAUUGGCUGGUUGGUCAAAGAGCUCCACGACUCCGACUGUCUGUCUGACUACACGCUUGAAUAUGCCAUCUCCCUCCUCAUGAACCUCUGCCUGCGCACUCAAGGAAAGAAGAAAUGCGCAGAGGAGGCCAAGCAUGUCCUGAAAGUCCUGACGGAGCUCCUGGGACAUGAGAACCAUGAGAUUCGGUACUAUGUGAAUGGAGCUUUAUACAGCAUCCUGUCCAUGCCAGAGAUACGAGAGGAAGCCAAACAGAUGAGUAUGGAGGAGAUCUUACGCUGUUACAGUAAAGAAGAAAAUCCUGAACUCAACAGACAAAUUGAAUUCAUCAUCAAACAGCUUAACUCAGCGGACAUCUCUGAACAUGAACCUGAGUCAGAUGGUGAAGAGGAUGACGACGACGACGACGAGGAAGAUGUUAUGGAGGCAGACCUAGAUAAAGAGGAAGUCCUGCAGCCUCACCCGAAAGAGCUCAGUGGAGAAUCUUUGCUGGCAACAGAGUAUCUCGGGAUAAUGACCAACAUGGUGAAGAUGAAGAGGAGAUCAUAUCCUCCAUCAUCUCGCAGCAUAGACGAGCCACUCCAACGGCCCGUUACGCCCAGCUCCCACAAAAACACCAUAGCUGGUGGUGAUGGAGUCUACGCUGUCACCCGACAGAGAAGUGAAGAUAGCCCCGCCCACUCUCGCUUUAGUUCCCGCCCACCGACUCGCACUGGCAGCCGCCCCAGCACUGCUGAGUCCAUCCACCAAACCCUGGCCUCCGAUUCGGAAUGCUGGCGUUCCUCUGUGGAAUCAGGACUCACGGGGUCCCCCGAAAGACACGUACCUCCGCCAGGCCAGAACAACACCAAUGGCCACUCGUACAGUGGCCAGAACGUAGGCUUUGCAAGCCAGCCAAAGAUUCCUCGCACCCCUGACAGUGACGCAGGCAGUACUGGUAGGCCUCGUCUUCCCCUGCUGGCCCCCCAGUUCUCCAACAGCGAGCCCCAGCAGAGCAGCAGCAGGCCCGGUUCGUCAGGGGGCUCCGGCGGGUGGCCCAGCCAACAGGGAUCACACACCGAUCCCACCCAUGUUUGAAGACUAUCUUUGCGCAUCCCUUUAAAUUUAAAUGUGAUGGUUGAUUGACAUUUUGUAUGUGUGCUGUUUAAAUACACGCCUUUGUUAUAUACUUUUAUUAUCAUGUGUGCCAUAUGUUGUGUGUCAUCAUGCUGGGCUCUUAUGUAUAAAGCAAAUACACCAUGACAGGCCAUUCCUUACAGUG